GAGGAGAGCCGGUGACCGACAGGGAGGGGUCCUUUGAUAUCAGGGCUGCCUCCUCCUCCUGGAUGGAGUCCGGCUGUGUGCAGGCAGCGAUGGCCAUGGGAGAUGUCUCGAAAAAAGCGUCGGCUAGGAACGUGGCGGUGGAGAGAAAAAACCUCGUCACCGUCUGCAGGUUUUCAGUAAAGACGCUGUUGGAGAAAUACACAGCCGAGCCCAUCGAUGAUUCAUCUGAGGAGUUCAUAAAUUUCGCAGCCAUCCUUGAACACAUCCUCAGCCACCGUUUUAAAGGCUCCGGCAGCUGGUUCGAUGGUCAGAGGAGUUACUGGGACUACGUCCGCCUGGCCUGUGCUAAAGUCCCCAACAGCUGCAUCAGCAGCAUUGAGAGCAUGGAAAACAUCAGCACCUCUCGAGCCAAGGGCCGAGCCUGGAUGAGAGUAGCCCUGAUGGAGAAGAGGCUGUCUGAAUACAUCGCUACUGCUCUGAGGGACAGCAGAACAACCAGGAGGUUCUAUGCAGAAGGAGCCAUCAUGUUAAGAGAAGAAGCCACAGUCCUUACAGGGAUGCUCAUAGGUCUUGGAGCCAUAGACUUUAGUUUCUGUCUGAAAGGAGAGGCCUUGGAUGGAAAGUCCUCUGCAGUGAUUGAUUACACACCUUACUUGAAAUUCACACAGAGCUACGAUUACCUGAGUGAUGAUGACGAUCAGCGGAGUGUCGACAGCAGCACAAGUGACGACAGUGUCCCUGAACACCCCUACAUCCCCCUGGUCACCGAUGAGGAAAGCUGGAGCACAAAGUGUCGCAAGAUGGAGCAGAGGUUCAAGAUUGUCAAUGCUCAGAAGGGUUACCUGGAGGAGCUUGUGCGUCUACGUGAGUCACAGCUGAAGAACACAGAGAGUGAGAACAAGAGGCUAAAGACCCGGCUGGAGGAGCUACAGAGCCAGAGCCAACAGGAAAAGAAGGAACUUGAGGCCAUAGUCCUGGAACUUCAGGAGCAACUGACAAGCUUGAUUCCAUGUGACUCCAAUCACCUGGACAAAAACCUUUCGAUCCCACUGGUCAACCAGUGGCCGACGCUCCAGCCAUACAACAACCAAGUCGAUGUCAAGUUGUUCCGCAGGAGAAGUUUCCCCAGCACAGAGCUGCUGUCGGUGGAGGUCAGCCUGGACUCAGACUCCCAGAGGAUUGAGGGGAAACAGAACGGAGGAGCUUGGUGCACAGAGAAGGACUACACACCCUCCAUGAUGGGCCUGUGCGGAUCCUUGGCCUCCCUCCCAAGCUGCAAGUCUCUGGCUAGCCUCAAGUCCAGCGAGUGCCUGGUAAACAUCAGCACAGAGAACAGUCCCGCCCUCUCUCCCAGCUAGGGGGCGCCAAAGAAACACUGCCAACCACUUCACAGACUGAGACAAUUCAACAUGAAAACAAAGAAAAGACUACUUCUGAUAGGCGGACAAAUGUGCUCUCUUUCGUGGCCCUUGUGUGUGAGUCCCUUUACCUUUGCACUCUCUCAACUUACACCUUUUAAGCGUUUGAGAAAGAGUAGCCUCCCUGUCUGGGACUGUCCAACAAAGAUGCAGGAAUAGCUGCUGUACUGCCUGAUGGCCUCCUUCACUUUCACUGUCUUUUAUUGUCUUGACAUGAUUAAGCCUCCUGGAAUGCAAACAACUGGUUCAAGUUUGACCUCUCUUACAUCAUGACACUUGAUUUUGUGCGAUUACAGUAAUGUAUCUGUACUGGUCACAUUCUUCAAAACUCACUGUAGGGAUGUUGUGUAUGUACCUGUCCAUUUGUCUGUGUCUUAUCAGUCUGUCUCUGUAUCUUAUUCUGCCUGUUGCAUAAUACUGGCAGGAUAGGUGAGCUGUUAUAACCUUUUAGGAAACAGACAGAAUGUUUUGCCAUAUUAUAUUACACUAUUAUAAGGGGAUGGGAAGAGAUAAAAAAAAAGAGAGGCCUUUAAUAUGCUGAGUCAAAAUGUGGCCAGAGUGUUUUAUGAUGAAGAUUAUUUAAAAAUUAACAGACGCAGCUUUAUGAUAUAAGGAUGAAUGAUGGUUUAGGCCUUAUUCAAUCAUACAGUAGGUUAGAUACAGAUUUUAGGAUGUGACACACAAGACCUGUCAGGCUACCAAGGUUUGCAGAGGCACUACAAUGUGAACAUAAAAAAACAAACAGGCGUUAAAUCUAUUGCAUACAAAUGCAGAGUGCAUUGUGACUAUGCAGAGUGAAUGUUUCCAUUGUCUUUUUCUACAAACCUGGCUUGAUAGAGUAGUUUGAGCAGCAGAGAAAUAGUGAAUGUGCAACGUGCGUGUGCGUGUCAUUUGGUUUUUUGUCUUCACUUUUUUCCUCCUGUGAUCUUUUCUUUUUAUGUUAUAAUUCAUUUCAUGGCAUACUUACUUGUAUCAUUUUACCAUCAUGUAAAUUGCAAUCUCAUGCAGUGUUGUUGAGAGUUGGGAUAUGUUGUGUUAUUUAA